AUGACAUUAAACAAAUCGUCUCGUAAGCAUCAAACAUUGGAAGAAUAUAUAGACAAAUGUAAUCCAUUAAAUAUAGAUUUAUCACAGCAACAAAUAAAUGAUCAUGAUAUGUCGAUUGUUAUUUAUUCCGCAAUACGAAAGAAAAAAUGUAUUCAACUUAAGUUAGGUUAUAAUAAUAUUACAUGUGAAGGUAUAGAAAUUUUAUCUGAUGCAUUAAAUAAUAAUAUAACAUUAGAAAUGUUAAAUCUUUUUAAUAAUAAAAUAUCGAAUCAAGGUGUUUAUUAUCUUACACUAAUUCUUUCAUUAAAUAAUUCUAAUCUUAAAGUAUUUUUUCUUGGUGAAAACCAAAUUACAGAUACGGGAUUAUCAACUAAUAAAAUAAGUAGUCAAGGUGUUAUAUUUUUAGCAAAUAUUCUUGCUCAUCAUAAUACAACUCUACAAGAAUUACAUUCAUGGGGAAAUAAAUUAAUCGAUGAGACUUAUAUUGAUUCACUUGCUAAUAUGCUUGUGUAUAAUCAAACAUUAAAUAAACUAGUUUUAUUUGAUUGUAAUAUAUCUAAUACUAGUAAAAAGAGAUUACGAGAUGUGGUAGAACCAAAGAAAAAUUUUGGACUAUUUCUGUAA